UUUCUUUCUCAACAGUUUACAAAUGGCUCAGUCACCAUCCAACUCUCGGACGAUAAUCUUCUUCCUUCCCGUCAUCUUCCUCGUUUUCCUCAUUUCAUUCACUUGGAGGAGAAGCGACAUCAUUCCAAAUAUCCUUCAUUGUCCGCAAGCCCAGGCCACUCAAGAAACAGGCGACCAACAAAAUAUGACAACUGCAGUAACAUUGAAAGAAGAGAAGGAGGAGAAGGAGCUUGUCGUCCUGCUUUGGACCUGGCCUUUUGGAACACAUUUCCCGCUGGACACGUGCCAAAAAGUUCACGGCAUUCCUGGGUGUAAGCUGACGGUAGACAGAAAUGUUUACAAUACAGCUGAUGCUGUGGUCAUGCACCAUUUUGAUAUUAUGUAUGACAAAAAGUCAUUGCCCCAGCAACCAAGGCCUCAUCACCAACAUUGGGUCUGGUUCAACAUGGAGCCUCCGUUGAUUAUAAGAAACUUGCAUUUCCUCGAUAACCUUUUCAACAUGACUAUGACUUUCCGCCAGGAUUCCGAUAUCUACAGACCUUAUGGGAGGAUUCAAGCCCUGAAAGAGCCUCAAAACCUCACCAUUCCGGCCAAGUCCAAGCUGGUGUCUUGGGUAGUUAGUAAAUGGUACCCAGGUGCUCCUCGUAUAGCUUACUAUGAGGAGCUUAAGAAACACAUCCCUAUCGACGUCUAUGGGAGAGGAAACAUGAAGCUGAGCCAGGAGGACUUUCAUAGUACUGUUUCCCAGUACAAGUUUUAUUUGGCCUUUGAGAAUUCCAUCUAUAAGGACUACAUCACUGAGAAGUUAUGGUCCAACGCAUUGGGUUCCUGGGCUGUGCCAGUUGUGUUAGGAACAUCUCGGAAGAACUAUGAGCGUUUUGUUCCUGCGGAGGCCUUCAUUCACGUAGACGAUUUCUCCAGCCCCAAGGAACUGGCUGCCUACCUUCUUGAGUUGGACAAGGAUGACGAGAAAUACAGGAGAUACUUCAACUGGAGAGCCCAGUACCGCGUGUGGAUGGAAAACGGGUGGGAUAGCAGCUACUGCAAAGUCUGUAGAGCAUUGAGGCAGGCUCCUGUCUACCAGACCAUCCCGAGUAUAGCCAAAUGGUUCCUAGACGACUGGAAGUUCUAGUACUCAGCCUUAGAGAGCUCUAUAAUAUUAUGAUGACAUUAGACUUUAGUUUGAUGAUCGUAACCUCCAUGUCCAAAGAGGUUGUUAGAGAUUUAAAAUUUAAGGGGGGGGAUUUUCAGUUUUACUAUCCGUUGGCAUAGAGAAGUCUGAGGAACUCGGUUGUUGUCUUCUCAUGUACAACCCAGAUUUUAAAGACCUCUUGGACCUGUCAUUGACAUUUUAUUGGGUAAUGGGUAUAUUCAUUUAUAAUUCAAAUUUUUAUGAAAAAGAUUCUUUCUUUUCCUCAUCCGGUUGCAAAUUUUUUU